AUGUCGGCACCACCAAAUGCUGCGCUAAAUCAGGUCGCCGCCGCGCUCAUAGCCCUUCCUCCAAGAAUCAGAACCUUGCUUGUCAUCGGCGCUCUCGGUGUGAAAGCGGGGUUCUUUGCACUCAAGGACACUUUAAUUUCCAAGGGUUGUGCUGUGGUACUGUCAAGCAUUGGCCUAUAUGGAUACCAUGUUCCUGAGACCACAGUUUUCAUGUUCGUGCACGUGUACCUCUUUUUCGUCGGCCAAACGUCAUGGCUGUCGACUGCCCUCACUCUCCGACGGUUAGCUAGCCGCGAUGACGCUGACGAUGAUCUUACUGCAAAACUCUUCGCCCAAGCGACUGAAUUGUCAUUUUACGUUUUCCUGUCGCUCCUGUUCCGUAAUGUCAGAACUAUUUGGAGUUUUGGUGGUUGGGCUUUUUCCGUUUUGUCUCAAGUUUUGGCCUUCAUCUGCGUGCCUAGCAUGAUGUGGCUGGUCAUGGUCGACAACCCCAUACAAACUUUCAACAGUGAGGUGUCCAGAAUCUGGAACUUUGCCUGGCCAAUGUUCUUGAAUCGUCUUUUGAGAGUCGGGGGACUUCUUGCUGCCGCGGUUCGACAUUGUCUUGGAGUCAUCGUUCAAAUAAGUGCGUUUUUGGUUACUUACAGAGACAACAAGACGGCCGCCCGUAUCACAACACUCAAAUCUUACAAAUAUUCUACUCUUUCUCCUGGAGAAGUUCGUCUUCUGAAACUCUCCAAGUCUACGCCAUGGAGUCCUGUUCAGUGCGAAUUGAUCCAAGUACGUUUGGACGAGGCAACCAAAUUUGAAACAAUUUCCUACACUUGGGGCGAUCAAAAAAACCGGAAAGGACUAAUUCUCGAUGGAAGUAGACUGGACGUCUCUGAAAGAGUCUACGAGAUCGUGCACGACAGAGCCUCGUUUCUUAUGACUAGGCACAUAUGGAUAGACUCCAUUUGUAUCAAUCAACAAGACAAUGGGGAGAAGAGCGCCCAGGUUCAGUUAAUGAGGAAGAUAUAUGGCUCCUCAUACCACACAGUUAUCUGGCUUGGUCACGAGCCUGACGCCAACGACGCCAUAUGGUUUCUCUCCCAUCUUCGGCGCCGUAUGGAUUCUGAAGAGACGGUCAAACGACAGACGAUGUCACUCAUGGAACUGAACAUUGAGAGCCCCGGAUGGAGAGCCCUAGCCCGGCUUGUCGGUCAUGGAUACUGGACUAGAUGCUGGGUCAUUCAAGAGAUUGCAGUCUCGAAAAAGGUCAUCAUCUCGUACGGAGGGGAACUCAUUACCUGGGACUACUUUUCGUCGUUGAUGACGACUGUCUUCACAGGGGAUCCGAACCAUGUAUGGCACAUAUCUAAAAUCUACUGGCGGAGCCUUGAUCCGCUUCCCAUGGAUGCAGGAGUACAAAUAGCAUCUCUUGGCCGUCUUCGCGAAAUUAUUCAGGCCAACCACUCUACAAACCUCUUUGAUCUUCUAAUAUCCAGCAUCAACUCCACUGCUACCGAUCCGCGAGACAAUAUAUUUUCGGUACAAGGAAUAAGUGCAGCGGCAACAACCGGCGAUAUCAUGCCUGACUACAACUCGCCAAUCGAGCGCCCUUUUUUGAGGACGGCUGAGUAUCUACUAUCGCAGGAGCACCCUUCGCGCAUUCUUCAUCUAGCAGGUAUUGGAUUUCAUCGCAGUAACGACUUGCAACUGUCUUGGGUCCCAGACUGGAGUAGCAAGCGAUUGUCGGGAAUGUUUUGGCGUCGUUCCGACUCGAACCCGUAUUGUGCCUCAGGCGUUGCGGACGAAGCACUGGUGAUGAAGUUGGAUGGCGAUGGACUUACUCUUAUUACCGAGGGUAUCCGAGUGGACUGUAUCCAGGAACUGGGGCCCCAAUUUUUCGGCGUGUCUGAGAACGGGAUCCCCAAGACGGAGAAGUUUCCGGGCAACUUCAAGAACCUUGCCGAUAGUCGAGAGGUGGCUUUGAACGGAUCGCUCAGCGAGCCCUAUGUUACUGGUAUUACUCUCACCGAAGCCUUUUGGAGAACACUACUCGGCGACAGAACACCCAGCGGCACUCGGCCGGCCGAUCCGAUUUUCUCCGCGUACUAUCAAGCAGUCGAGGGAUUCAUCAGGACGCUGCUCAAGUGUGGACCAGAUAUGAACCCGCUAAACCCAAGCCUCAGUACCGAGGAACAGGAGAGACUCGGCAGUGACAUGACAUACUACGCCUUGGACGCUGGUAGGUUUGCCAACGUGGCGGGCCCGCAUACGCGAGAACGCAUGUUUGCCACGACAGCACGAGGAUACAUGGGCAUGAUACCGCCGUACUCUCAAAUUGGUGAUGUAGUUUUCAUCAUUCCCGGCGCACAGGUACCCUUCUUGCUCCGACCUCAACGGACGGCGGAUGGUGAUGUGAGCGACUUGGACGGUGGGAAGUGGCAGCUUGUCGGCGAAAGUUACUUUCACGGUAUGAUGGACGGGGAACUGCUAUCGGAAAGCAGUGCGAGAGAUACGAUAGCAAUAUACUAG